CCCCUUUCACUUUAGGCUGGCAGCUGUCCCAACUGCCUACUAAAGCCAAAUGCUUGAGGAAAGAGAGAGUAAAGAGCCAGCCAUGAAUCAGUUCCAGAAAAAUGAGUCCAAGGAAACUCUUUUUUCACCUGUCUCCACUGAUGAGAUAUCUUCCCAACCACCCAGCCUUCCAAAGCCACCUCCGAAAAUUUGUGGCUCCAAUUAUCCACUGAGCAUUGCCUUCAUUGUGGUGAAUGAAUUCUGUGAGCGUUUUUCCUAUUAUGGCAUGAAAGCUGUGCUGACUCUGUACUUCCUGUAUUUCCUGCACUGGAAUGAAGACACCUCCACAUCCGUGUACCAUGCCUUCAGCAGCCUCUGUUAUUUCACUCCAAUCCUGGGAGCAGCCAUUGCUGACUCAUGGUUGGGAAAAUUCAAGACAAUCAUCUACCUUUCCCUGGUGUAUGUACUUGGCCAUGUGAUCAAAUCGUUGGGUGCCUUACCAAUACUGGGGGGAUAUAUGUUACACACAGUACUGUCAUUGGUUGGCUUGAGUCUAAUAGCUUUGGGGACAGGAGGUAUCAAACCCUGUGUGGCAGCUUUUGGUGGAGACCAGUUUGAAGAAAAACAUGCAAAGGAACGGACUAGAUACUUCUCAGUCUUCUACCUCUCCAUCAAUGCAGGGAGCUUGAUUUCUACAUUUAUCACACCCAUGCUGAGAGGAGAUGUGAAGUGUUUUGGGGAAGAUUGCUAUGCAUUGGCUUUUGGAGUUCCAGGAUUGCUUAUGGUGAUAGCUCUUGCUGUGUUUGCAAUGGGAAGCAAAAUAUACAAAAAACCACCUCCUGAAGGAAACAUAGUGAUUCGAGUUGUCAAAUGUAUCUGGUUUGCUAUUUUUAACCGUUUCAAGAACCGUUCUGGGGACAUUCCAAAACGACAGCACUGGCUAGACUGGGCAGCUGAGAAAUACCCAAAGCAGCUCAUUAUGGAUGUGAAGGCAUUGACUAGGGUACUAUUCCUUUAUAUCCCAUUGCCCAUGUUCUGGGCUCUUUUGGAUCAGCAGGGCUCACGAUGGACCUUGCAAGCCACCAAGAUGAAUGGAAAUUUGGGUCUCUUUGUGCUUCAACCUGACCAGAUGCAGGUAAUAAAUCCCUUUCUGGUUCUUAUCUUCAUCCCAUUGUUUGACCUUGUCAUUUACCGUCUGAUCUCCAAGUGUGGCAUUAACUUCUCAUCACUUAGGAAAAUGGCUGUAGGUAUGAUCCUAGCAUGCCUGGCAUUUGCAGUUGCAGCAGUUGUAGAGAUAAAAAUUAAUGGAAUGACUACACCCCAGCCAGGCCCCCAAGAGAUUUUCCUACAAGUCUUGAAUCUAGCAGAUGAUGAAGUAAAGGUGACAGUGCUGGGAAAUGACAAUAAUUCUAUGUUGGCAGAGUCCAUCAAGUCCUUUCAGAAAAUGCCACACUAUUCCAAACUCCACCUGAAGACAGAAAGCCAGAAUUUCCACUUUUACCUCAACUAUCAUAAUCUGUCUGUCAAUACCAACAAUUCUGUGGAAGAAAAGAACUGGUACAGUCUGAUUAUUCGAGAAGACGGGAAAAAUAUUUCCAGCAUGAUGGUGAAAGAUGAAAACAAAACAACUAAUGGGAUGACAGCUGUGAGGUUUGUAAACACUUUAUAUGAAGAAGUCAACAUCUCCCUGGGUAGAGGUAUUUUCCUGAAUGUUGGUGAAGACUAUGGUGUGUCUGCUUACAGAACUGUGCAAAGUGGAGACUACCGUGCAGUGCAUUGUAGGACAGAAGAUAAGAACUUUUCAUUGAAUUUGGGUCUACUGGACUUUGGUGUGUCAUAUGUGUUCAUUAUUACUAAUAACACCAAUCAGGGUCCUCAGGCCUGGAGAAUGGAAGACGUUCCACCCAAUAAAAUAUCCAUUGCGUGGCAGCUACCACAAUAUGCCCUGGUUACAGCUGCAGAGGUCAUGUUCUCUGUCACAGGACUUGAGUUUUCUUAUUCUCAGGCUCCUGCUAGCAUGAAAUCUGUCCUCCAGGCAGCCUGGUUGUUGACAGUUGCUGUUGGGAAUAUCAUCGUGCUUGUCGUGGCACAGUUCAGUGGCCUGGUGCAGUGGGCUGAAUUCAUUUUGUUUUCCUGCCUCCUGUUGGUGGUCUGCCUGAUCUUCUCAAUCAUGGCCUACUACUAUGUUCCCAUAAAGCCAGAGGAUAUUCAGGGGCCAGCAGAGAAGCAGAUUCCUCAUAUCCAAGGGAACAUGAUCAACCUGGAGACCAAGAGUACAAAGCUCUAAUGUCUCCCUGGACUCUGCCCACAAUUCCUGGCUCUGGUCUUGGCCAUCACCCAUCUUCAAGAAUCUUUUUUCCUGCUUGAUGAAGGUAUAGAAGUACCAUCAUAUCUGAGCUGGUCCCCUUUAUUUUUCUCCCAUUAUAGAGGCAGUUCUAUCAUUGAGUUUUCCAGAAUAUUAAAGAGCAAGACUUCUGAGACUAUCAGUGAAGUUGGUAAACCUUGUGUAGUAUUGCUGAAGCUGGGCUGGUGUCUCUAGAUGGUCAUGAAAAGCACAAUAGUGAAAGGGAAAUUACUCUUUGUACAUUUUCAAAAUUAACAUUGGAAUUGCUUUACCUGUCAUUUAGAACCAAUGACUCCAUUUUUUGAGGUGCUAAUAUAUGGGUAAAAUUGCUGAAUGACAGAAAAAUGAUACUGCAAAUUUCUUCCUAAGCAGAAUAAUCAAACUAUUCACAAGGACCUUAAGAAAUGGUAUGUCUAGUAUAAUCUGGUCCAGACACUAACUUGCCAAAUAUCUAGGUUUUUAAUAAGACCUCAGUACAUUUUUCAGCACAUAUGAUAGGAGACAGAAUAACAUUUUAUUAACCCAUAGGAGAAGAUAUGUCUUUCUGAUAACUAUAGCAUUUUAUCUACUAACCCAAACACUCCUUUCUUAGUAUGAUAGAUCUUCAGAAACCAAGCUAAAGAUAGUAAACAUGGUUGGGAAAAACAGAACAGGUGUAAAUUGCAGAAAUUUUGAUGAAUCUACUGUGCACAUUCUUCUUAGGGAAUAUAGUGUUUCAGCCCUGGUUAUGCCCUCCCAUAGUCAGAUGUGUAGACACUAAUUAUAAUUCUCCAAUCCUGCCUUUUCAAUGUUGUUAGCCAGUUUUUAAAAAUUAUUACAUCAUGUCUUAUUCAACAAAUAUUUAAGAACAAUAUUUUUCAUGAGUCCCACUUCCUUUUUUAAUAUUACUCUUUUGAAUCUCAAAGUAGUGGCUCUGUUUUGAUUUUUUUAUUCUUACUUUACUUUUCCAAUAAUUUUAAAAUGUCACUUCUUCAUUUAGGUCUGGGAAUUCCUUGUUUAUUCAAAACAUUAUAUUAAUUCUCUAGUUUGGAGCUUCUAAAAUGGUGGUGCUCAGUGGAGAGGCAGAGUUCCAUGUGAAUUGCAGGGGAGAAAAGGUAGCACAUGAGAAAAUAUUUGUUUGUUUCUUUGUUGGUGAAAGAUGUUGAGAAAUUUUCCCUUAGUGAAUGUACAUAGUGUAUGAAUCACUGGACAGACCUGGGAAAAUCAUUACUCUACAUUGUAUUGAUGGGGAAAAAAUUUCACAACCACUGUGCCAUUUCCAUGGUUUUUCUUCAUCAUUAUCAUCUAUGAGAUUCAUCUGUGUUGAAUCUCAAACUGGUAAGCUAACAAGUAAGGAAAGUUGUGUGCUUCCCAAAUGUAAUAUACUUUAGUUUAUGUGACCAAGAUUUCAAAAAUACAAAAGUAAUGGCAACAGCAACGUUCCUAGAAAUCUGAGCAUAUUCCUUCAGAAGAUAUUCUCUUCAUUUUUAAGCAGUUUAACUCAUUAUGUUCUUAGGAACUUUUGUUUCAAGAGAUGUUAACAGUUCUCUGUGAAUAGAAGUUUCUAUGUACAAAUAAAUUUUGGGAAU